UGCUUGACAGGAACGUCCGCAGCAGCUCUCCCAGGACCCCACUCUGCCAGUAAGUCAGCUGAGGCCGAGAGGAGGGAGAGAGGACCUCAGAGCCCAGACUGUGAGCUAGUCUACCCUGCUCCUGCAUGUGAGGGGUCGUUGGCAGGGCUUAGGGAAGGAGACCUUGCUCCGGUAUAGUGGAAACAUUUGCUUUGGAGGCAGAUGAACUGGAUUCUGAUCCUGACCCUGCUAUUUGCUCCUUGUGUGACUUUAGAGCCAUGAGCCCCCAGAUCCUGCUGCUCCUGGCCCUGCUGACCCUAGGCCUGGCUGCACAACACCAAGACAAAGUGCCAUGUAAGAUGGUGGACAAGAAGGUCUCGUGCCAGGGUCUGGGCCUACUCCAGGUCCCCUUGGUGUUCCCGCCGGACACUGAGACCCUUGAUCUCUCUGGGAACCAGCUGCGGAGUAUCCUGGCCUCACCCCUGGGCUUCUACACGGCACUUCGUCACCUGGACCUGAGCACCAAUGAGAUCAGCUUCCUCCAGCCUGGAGCCUUCCAGGCCCUGACCCACCUGGAGCACCUCAGCCUAGCUCACAACCGGCUGGCGAUGGCCACUGCGCUGAGUGCCGGUGGUCUGGGCCCCCUGCCACGCGUGACCUCCCUAGACCUGUCUGGGAACAGCCUGUACAGCGGCCUGCUGGAGCGGCUGCUAGGGGAGGCACCCAGCCUGCAUACCCUCUCACUGGCGGAGAACAGUCUGACUCGCCUCACCCGCCACACCUUCCAGGACAUGCCUGCGCUGGAGCAGCUUGACCUGCAUAGCAACGUGCUGAUGGACAUCGAGGACGGCGCCUUCGAGGGCCUGCCCCGCCUGACCCAUCUCAACCUCUCCAGGAAUUCCCUCACCUGCAUCUCCGACUUCAGCCUUCAGCAGCUGCGGGUGCUGGACCUGAGCUGCAACAGCAUUGAGGCCUUUCAGACAGCCUCCCAGCCCCAGGCCGAGUUCCAGCUCACCUGGCUUGACCUGCGGGAGAACAAACUGCUCCAUUUCCCCGACCUGGCCGCGCUCCCGAGACUCAUCUACCUGAACUUGUCCAACAACCUCAUCCGGCUCCCCACAGGGCCACCCCAGGACAGCAAGGGCAUCCACGCGCCUUCCGAGGGCUGGUCAGCCCUGCCCCUCUCAACCCCCAAUGGGAAUGCCAGCGUCCACCCCCUUUCCCAGCUCUUGAAUCUGGAUUUGAGCUACAAUGAGAUUGAACUCAUCCCCGACAGCUUUCUUGAGCACCUGACCUCCUUGUGCUUCCUGAACCUCAGCAGAAACUGCUUGCGGACCUUUGAGGCCCGGCGCUCAGGCUCCCUGCCCUGCCUGAUGCUCCUUGACUUAAGCCACAAUGCCCUGGAGACACUGGAACUGGGCGCCAGAGCCCUGGGGUCCUUGCGGACGCUGCUCCUACAGGGCAAUGCCCUGCGGGACCUGCCUCCAUACACCUUUGCCAACCUGGCCAGCCUGCAGUGGCUUAACCUGCAGGGGAAUCGGGUCAGCCCCUGUGGGGGGCCGAAUGAGCCUGGCCCUGCCAGCUGUGUGGCCUUCUCUGGCAUCGCCUCCCUCCGCAGCCUGAGCCUGGUGGAUAAUGAGAUAGAGCUGCUCAGGGCAGGGGCCUUCCUCCAUACCCCACUGACUGAGCUGGACCUUUCUUCCAACCCUGGGCUGGAGGUGGCCACGGGGGCCUUGACAGGCCUGGAGGCCUCCUUGGAAGUCCUGGCACUGCAGGGCAAUGGGUUGACAGUCCUGCAGGUGGACCUGCCCUGCUUCAUCUGCCUCAAGCGGCUCAAUCUUGCCGAGAACCGCCUGAGCCACCUUCCCGCCUGGACACAGGCUGUGUCACUGGAGGUGCUGGACCUGCGAAACAACAGCUUCAGCCUCCUGCCAGGCAGUGCCAUGGGUGGCCUGGAGACCAGCCUCCGGCGCCUCUACCUGCAGGGGAAUCCACUCAGCUGCUGUGGCAAUGGCUGGCUGGCAGCCCAGCUGCACCAGGGCCGUGUGGACGUGGACGCCACCCAGGACCUGAUCUGCCGCUUCAGCUCCCAGGAGGAGGUAUCCCUGAGCCAUGUGCGUCCCGAGGACUGUGAGAAGGGGGGGCUCAAGAACAUCAACCUCAUCAUCAUCCUCACCUUCAUACUGGUCUCUGCCAUCCUCCUCACCACGCUGGCCACAUGCUGCUGCAUCCGCCGGCAGAAGUUUAACCAACAGUAUAAAGCCUAAAGAAGCUGGGAGACACUCUAGGUCAGUGGGGGAGCCUGAGGUACAGAGAAGAGUGAGGACUGACUCAAGGUCACAUAGUGACCCAGGAUCCCAGAACUCUGGUCUCCAAAUUGCAACCCGGGACACCUUUCUCUGCCGCCUGCUGCAUCAGCGGGUGACCCCCUUCCUGGGCUGCACUUUGGGUCCAGCUGUGGAAGCCAGAAGUUGGGCGGUUUCAGGGACAGCAGGGAAUAAUGUUGACCUAUCAGAUCAACAAAUCUUCACUGAGCAUCUACUUUGUGCCACACCCUGCUCUGGGCACUGGGAAUGCUGGGAAAUGAGAUACACUCCCGCCCUCAAGAAUAUCCCAGUCUGGGAGGAGGGAGUGCUACAGAGCCGCGUGGUGACCACACAGUGUGCUUAGGGCCUGAGAUGUGAAAGCUCAGGGCUCCAGAGCUCGGCAGGCCCCGCUGGUUCGAUGCGAAGAGUCCUGCCCCAGCUAUGCCAGGGUGAGAGAGGGCCAAGCCUGGUAGGAUUUGUCUGAAACAUUUCCAAGCAGACUGUUUGUCACAUCUUCUGAUAAUGAUUUUCAGUCUCUCUGAAAAUGAAAAGCCUAUGACCGGAAGAGAGAAUUGGAACCAUACGAGUGUGUCUUGGAUCUGGUGCUGUUAGGCGGGCCGUGGCGGCUCCAACAGAGUCUGGUUAAGGGGUCCAGCCUGGCACUGGACCAUUCCGUCUCCUGCUCUGGACAGGCCGUCUCCCUGCCUGGCACUCUCAUGUUACACAGCCUGACCCCAGUACUGCUCUAAGCGCCGUCCCUGCCCAGCCCUUCUCCAUCGCAGCCCCACCUUGGCUGCUGAGCCAGGAGCUAAAACCUUAGAUAUCUGGUUCUGUUUUGCACCCAGCUUGGCGAUGUGGAUGUGAAUCCAAGCCUUGUGUCUGCCCCUAUAUGACAACCCUUGGAGGUUGGGAUUUUAUCCCUAUUUUAUAAAAGAGGAAACUGAAGUUCUGCAAAUCUCCUUCCAGGGCCCCAGCUAACUAAUGCCUUAGGUGAGAUUCAAACCCUCAUCCUUCUGUCUCCAGGGCCUGAUCUUUGCCACUGCAGGGGCUGCAGGCCGUUAAGUGGACAGGAAGUGGCCCCACAUAGCCCGAGCAGGGUCUGGAAGUAUCCUGUGCUAUGCACACCUGCUCUCUCCUCUCUCCCAGGCAGGCAGCUGCAGGCGCUCUCCUCCUUCUCUGCCUUAGUUUCCCUCCUUCCAUCCUUUCCACCCUGGUGUGGGUUCUCCUGUUCUCUCUGUGCUCCUGCAUGCUUUCAUUCCCUUUUCCUCUAUUGAGCAGAGCCUGGAGUUUGAGACUAUUGAAUCCAACCUCCGCAUUGCACAGAUGGGGAAACUGAGGCUUAGGAAGAGAAUGAAACUUGUGGAGAGCUAUACAGAGCCUCUGGGGAAAAAAAAGAGAGCCCUAUUUGGGGGGUGAGAUUGGGGGUUGGACCAGAGUGAUGUCCUCUCUUGGCUGUCAUAUCACAAGAUAAUGCUGGCUCCAAACUUCCUUUCUGUGCCUCAUCAUGCAAGGAUUUUUUUUUCCCUCUUCGAAAAAUAGGUAGAAAGGCUCACCCAGAUAACCCCCUGUCCCUCAUAGCAUGGAGUCAUGAGCUGUCUGGGGAGAAUGGACACGCUAGGACCAACUCAAGACCUUGUGUUGCUGUCUUCAUCAUCUUACCUGUGCUUGGCCCACAGUCUGGCUCAUGAUGUGGGCUCAGUAAUGUGCGAGAAAAUGAAAAUGCCACUCUCUCCACCCCAUUUUACAGAGGAGAACACCGAGGCCCAGAGGAAGUUAAGGGAGAGUCAAUGGGCAGAGCCAGGGCUAGGCCCUGGUGAUGGGUGGAGCACCCAGGCAGACCCAAUCCUGGUUGGGAUCACAACCACAGGUGCUACUGCACGUGACACUCUUCCUUAGGCCUGGAGGCCAAGGUGUGGGUCCCCACGCCUGAUAUUUGAAAACACUACACAAUGCUGCUGUCAAUUCCCAGGACCCAGGCCGCAGCCCAGGCCUCGGGACCAACUCUUCGUAUAACCUACCUGAAUGUAUUAAAAACUAAUUUUGGAGAAGCAGUGUGGCCGCCAGCCUCCUCUUUGCAACCCGCUUCAUCGCAUCCACUUGAACCCUGCCUCUCAAUCCCAUUAUGGUCAUUCAAUCCUCAUGGCAAAUCCCUGGGGACACUGAGGCUCUGGGUCAGCACCACCCUGGACCUUGGAGCCGCAGCCACUAGCACGGCCCCUCCUACAUCUCUGUCGCCCCACACUUGACAGGUGAGCGUGCUCCCCACCCCAGGGCUGAGAGGCUGGGGGCUUCUGUUUGUUUCCUUCCUGCUACAGCUACAGGCCCCCUCCCCUUCUCUGUGCUCAGCCCUCUGUGCCCUAUCUCAGAGGCUGCACUGCCCCUCCUCCUCAGGGUCCCCAGCCCCGUCCUCUCUCCCUUGCCCUGUCAUGCUCUCUUCUGCCUCCAGCUUCUCCCUCUCUAUUUACAUCUUCCUCUCAGACUUCAGCUGGACUCAAGUCUUGCCCAUCUUAAAAAUAGUGAGAAGCCCCUCAGCCAUUUUCCCCUUCCUCCUCCCGCUCUUCACAGACCAGCUUCUUGGUCAAGUUGCUUCCCUUCCCACCCCUCCCAUUCUCAACCCACCUGGAGCUGCCUUCAGCCCCUCCCAGCUCCAUGCUGUCCUUGCUACCAGCGUCAAGGGUAUCCUUUGCCAAACUCAGCACACUUUUCAGACCUCCUCUCCCUAGGCCCUGUGCAGCAGGCCCCCCACCCAUACCCCUGCUGGGCAUGCUCUCCCCACAGCUGUGAUGCCACACAGGAAGCCGUCUCCUCCCUCCCAGGCCACUCCUUUUCAGGGUCUUUGCUCAUCUUCCUCAAGCCAGCUGUAAGUGGUGAUAGCCAGGGCUCCAUCCUAGGCCCUUUUCCCUUGGGAACACCAUGGCCUCAUUGCUGAAACACCCCAUUGCUCUGAUGGCCCACAUCUCUGUCUCCAGCCCCAUCCCUCCUGAAAGUCCAACUCUGGUACCCAGAGGCCUCCCUAGGUAGAGGGCUAAAGGUCCCCAUGGACUGGAGAAUUCAGUGAUCAGCCAGGCUGCAGAUCAAGGUUGAACUUGGAAGAAAACCAUACCUGGUUCCUGGCUUGGAGUUGGAGGGUGAAUGUGGGGUGUGGGACAGAAGCAGCCUCACCUGGGUAGGGGAGCACUGAGAGGCAUGACAGGCCAGGGCAGAGCACUCAGAGCAGGGGGUGCUUGUUCCUCUGGCCUCACACCUUCCACUUCCCCCUGUCAGCAGCCUGGCACUGUGCCUUUGCCCUUCCCUUCCCUGACUGCCUCUCCCGAAAGCUCCCACUCAGUGAUGCUUUUCCUCCCCACCCCCAGGCACCCUCGACCUCUCCCCUUGGCCUGGCAGCCCCUGGACCCAGGGUUGGCAGCUCUGCCUUCUGGAGAUUCUUCCAUUUCUCUGGUCCGUGCCCUCUCACCUCCCCAUUCCUGCUCCUGGCUCCCAGUCUGCAAAGGGAAAUUCUAAACGCCUAUUUCAUGGGGUAGGGCUGGGGGAGAGAGGAGAGAGCACCACCCUCUGGCACACAGUAGGUGCCCCAUUAAGGCCUAAGGGGAAGGCAAGAGCUUAGGCUGACCUCAGCCCAGGGUCUGCGGGCCUCUGCUCCAGCAGGGAGCCCACCAGGUCCCUGACCCCUUUUCCUGACAAACAGGGGAGUUUGCUCACCUGGCCAAGACCCCCAGUGAGGCAGAAAUUCCUGUUUUCAGCCAAACAUGGACACAGCUGCCAACUAGGUCAUCAGAGCAUCCAGCUUCUUGAGCUCUCAGCUUGCAGGGAGAGGGGAGGCCCUGCCACCCCCAGGUCACAGUAAGCCUGAGGUGCAGGGCCCAACUCCCGGGGUUCCAUGCACUGGUGUGGCAUUCCACCAGGAACGGGUCCCGGGACGCGCCAGCAACUCACCCUCUCAGACCCACAGGCUGGCCACAUCCUCCAGGAUCUGGGACCCACCGUCUGUGUUCUGUGCCCCUGUCCUUCAGGCAGCUCACUGGGCCCAUGAGACCCAUCUCUUUCCCGCCACCUCUCACAACAUGCUCAGAGAUGGCCAUCGUUGAGCACUUUAGGGCAUGCUGAGCACUGGAUGUGCAUUGUCGUGUUUAAUUCUGGCAAUCUUUGAAGAGAUUUCUACUGUUAUCAUCCUCAUUUUAGAGAACUGAGCUCCAGUGAUGAGACUUGAACCCAGGCUGUCCCACUCUGGAGCCAGCAGUCUUAACCAUUAGGCAGCACUGCCUCCUGCGCCUCUCCCACCUCCUCUGCCGGAACCAGCUCACCCCAGACCCACCUGCACAAUCUCCUUCACCACCCUCACCUGUAUCACCACCAUCACCUUCUCUGGGAAGACUGUCUGGAUUUCUCUCCUCCAACUGCCCACAGACCUGGGCUGCCCUCAGCAUUGGGUGUCUGCCUGACCCACCCACUGGGCCAGGAGCUCCUGGGGGGAGGUCCUACCCGGAGUCCUAUCUGUCCCCAGGGCCUGUGAGCCAACACAGACUAAAGCCAGCUCAGAAAAGGUUUUCUGAGUGAAUGGCCCCUGUCCUCCAGGACUCAGAAGCUUGUGGAGUUGAGACAAGCCCUCAGAGAAUGUGGCGAGGAGGAGGCUUUUUGAACAGACCCAGGGGACACAGAGAGGACAGGGGAAUGCAGACUGUGGGCCGCCCACAGCAGCAGGGGCCAGUGGGAGGGCAAAGAAUCCUCUCUGACCACCCUCCGUUCCUUGAAGCUUCCUCAGGCCUCUAGGACCCUGUCUUAUCUUUGUCUUCCCCCUCCUUUGCUCCCCCUCGUCUCCCAUUCUUCUCUUCUUGGUCAUCUCCCCCCACCCCCACCCCUAUCGCACUGGAAACAGUUGGGCUGUGGUGGCUAAGAAUGAGGAGGGCAGGGGGAGGGAGGCCCGAGCUGUUUAUAGGAACUGGAGCAGCUCCAUCCAUCAGCUCUGUUUGGAACUGGAGACCAAGCAUAAUAAAUACCUUGGCUCCUCCCCAGCUGCGCUUUCCCUGAACUUGGCCGUCCGAACUGCAGCUCUCCCUGGCCCGCUGGUUCCCAGGACCCAGUCUCAUUCCGCCCCACCCUACCUCACCUCCCACCAAGCUGCCCUGGAAAGAGCCCGGCCUCUGGGACCAGAUACACUGGCCUGAGUCUAGGUUCUGCUUCUUCUUCACUGUGGGACCAAGGCCAAGUCCGUCACUUAGCUGCGCCUCUAUUUCUGCGUCUGUAAAAUGGGGUCAUAAUCAUCGCCCGCCUACCCCCAAACUCAUCACUGCUCAUUCGUUCAGCCAGAGUAGCUUGGGCAGCUGCUCUGUGCUGGGCCCUAGGCCCUGCAGGAUACAGGGAACAGUUGGAAGAGCCUCUGCCUAUGGGGUGGAGAGAGGGGACCAACACCACAACCCAAGCCAGGAAGUGGUGAGCGCCUUGAGGGAGGUCCAGAUUUUGUGCUAGGGAAGUUUGUUUGUAGCAGGGAGCAGCCCUUCCAGCUGGAGGAGUGAGGCAAGACUUCGAGGACAUCUGGGCUGGCUCUGCAAGGAAGGGUAGGAUUUCAACACGUGGAGAUGGGAAGAGGCUUUCCAGGCAGAACAAAUGGCAGGACCCAAGGCCUGGCAGCAAGAAGAGCCAGGGCAUGCCUGGGAGUAGAGGGGUGUCCCUGGCCCAGCCUCCACCACAUCACUUUCUCCUCUCUCCUCAUUCAGCACCUUCUGCUCAGGACUUCCAGCCUUCUGGAAUCUUCCCUCCUUCCCUGGAGAGCUUCCAACUCACCCAGCUAGGCCCUCCCAAGUUGUGGAUGCAUUCCCAGAAUUCUACCAUCAUGUCCCCACUCCCGCCUUCUCUGAAAAAGCCACCCUAGAAAGCAGAAGAUUCAGAUCGGGAAAAAGCAUGGACCAAUAGCAUGUUUCUGGAGUGAAUAAGGGAAAAAAUGAAGAAAGAAAUGUGUAAAAGAUUGAGUCAGUGAAGGAGAGAGUGAGUGAGCAAAUGACUGAAAGCAGCCAGCGUUUCCGGAACCCCGCCACAUCUCAUACUGGGUGCUGCACAGGCAGCGUUCCUCCUGUUGGGGCGCUUAUGGGGAAACAUACAUUAAGCACACACAAACAAAAACGAUGGCAAAUUGUAGUGAGUGCUAUGAAAGGGAGUGAAGGGCGAGAUCACUGAGGGGUGGGACUCAGAAGAAUCGUCUCUGAGGACAUGACCUGUCAGCUAAGAUGGAAGGAGGAGGACUUCAGUUGAGAGAGCAAGUGAAUUAAUACUUCCCAUGGCCUCGUCUCCUCACUCUCAUGAAUUUGCCAAGCUGCCUGGGGAGAGUGCAGCCUGAACUCUGGACCCUGAGGUCCUUUCUCAUGCACUGAAAGCAGCUCCCCACCCCUGGACCCUCCCUGUCCCUCAGUGACUUGACUGCCCCAUUCUAGCAUCAUGGAAAAAACACAGAAGGCCAUGUAUAGGGUGGUGGGAAGGAUGUCAAGCAUUCUGGGGGCAGGGGACUAGCUAGGCUGCAGGGUGAGGGAGUCCAAUUCCAAAGGCCCCUGCUUUUUUAUUUUAUUUUAUUUUAUUUGGUGGAGGAUGAGCCAAAAAUGUUUCCCUCCUCACUUUCCACACUGCUCAUGUCAGCUUGUACCACCCUCCCCUUUGAUCCCAGAUAACCCAUUGUAUCCAUCCUCCUGUAUGUUUUCUCCUUAAUUGAGUAAUCACUGACAGACACAUUUAAAUUGUAUGCAAACACACAUAUGCAUGUAUUAGAGAUUUUAAAUGUUAUUUUAUAAAAGUGGGACGAUAUUCUAUUAUACUCUCUUGCAUUUCACUUUUUUUAUUCAAUAGUACUUCAAGGAAAUCCCCCCAAAUAAACUGAUAUAAGUUUCAAAUCAUUUUUGAGAUUACAUUGUAUUCCAUAGUGUGAGUAUUCCAUAAUCUAUUCAGUCAUUCUCCUAUUGGUGAACGAUAGUUUUAUCUUUUCUUCAACUAUAAACAUGAGGCAAAAAAUUCUAUUCAUGUGCCUGUACUCUCUAAGGUUUGUGUUCUUGUGGAAUGAAUACCUAGAAGUAAAUCAGUGGAGAUGUAUAUAUUCUACACAUUUUAAAUGUAUAUUAUAUAUACUUUUAAUAAAGUUUGCAUUUCAAAAAAA